AUGCAACCCCAACGAUCCAAUCUUCAAAAGCUCAGCAUUGCCUCCAUCAACCUGAUCCAGAAAAAUGUCGUGGCCACGAUUGGAGACAUCAACAAGCAGUUGAAGAGAGAUGUGCAGAGAUCAAUCACUGAAUGCUUGGAGCUCUACACACAGACCAUUGAUGAUUUAAGCGACGCGGUCAAAAAUUAUAAGUCGAAAAGCUUUUAUGAUGUUACUCAGGAUGUUUCUGCAACCAGUGUGGCUGCUACGGCAUGUGAGGAUGGGUUUAAGGAGAGAGAAGUGGUCUCUAUAUUGACCAUAAGGAAUGAUGGUGAUGAGAUUUCCAGACACACUAAGAUGACGACACGUGUACUUGGCGCCAAUGAAGACUCUCUGCUAUGA